AUGUCAGGCAUGGACAACAUGGACCGAGGUUUCUUCCGGAAGGUGGAUGUGCCAGACCACGCUCAUUACAUCGUGGCCUGCUUUGUCGUGGUGAUUGGAGCAGUAGGGGUCGGUGGGAACGCCCUGGUGAUGUACGCCUUCUUCAGCAACAAGAAGCUUCGGACGCCUCCCAACUAUUUCAUCAUGAACCUGGCAGUGAGUGACUUCCUCAUGGCCGUCACACAGUCCCCCAUUUUCUUUGUCAACUGUCUCUACAAGGAGUGGGUGUUUGGAGAAACAGGCUGUAAGAUGUACGCCUUCUGUGGGGCCUUAUUUGGGAUCACCUCCAUGAUCAACCUGCUGGCUAUCUCCAUUGACCGCUACAUCGUCAUCACCAAGCCCCUGCAGGCCCUCCACUGGACCUCUAAACGCCGCACCUCCGUCGUCAUCGUCAUAGUCUGGCUCUACUCGCUGGCCUGGAGCCUGGCGCCUCUCAUGGGGUGGAGUUCCUAUAUCCCGGAGGGCCUGAUGACAUCCUGUACGUGGGAUUAUGUGACCUCCACACCAGCCAAUAGGAGCUACACUCUAAUGCUAUGCGUCUUUGUGUUCUUCAUCCCUCUGGGUAUCAUCUCUUACUGCUACCUCUGCAUGUUCCUGGCCAUACGCACCGGUAGUAGAGACAUGGAGAAGCUGGGCAGUCAGGUAAGGAAGUCCACCCUGAUCCAGCAGCAGUCCAUCAAGACUGAGUGGAAGCUGGCCAAGAUUGCCUUUGUAGUCAUCAUCGUGUAUGUGAUGUCCUGGUCUCCCUACGCCUGCGUCACCCUCAUCGCCUGGGCUGGCUAUGGAAGUGCCCUCAGUCCCUACUCCAAGGCCGUCCCUGCUGUCAUAGCCAAAGCCUCAGCCAUCUAUAACCCCUUCAUCUAUGCCAUCAUCCACUCCAAAUACCGAGACACCCUGGCAGAGAAGGUUCCCUGUCUGCACUGCCUGGCCCAGACCCCUAGGAAGGACUUUAUCUCUGUGUCCAACAGUGAGUCCUCCUUCAGGGAUUCCAUGCUCAGCAGACAGUCCUCCACCUCCAGGACAAAGUUCCAUAGAGUGUCCUCUAUGUCCACCGGAGACACACAGAUGAGGAGUGAUGUCGAGCUGGACCCCAUGGACCAGCAGGGCCAGUCUCUGAGAAUCAGCCACUCCUCUGGAGCUCUGAGGGUGAAGGAGUGCAGACAGUCAUCCCAGCAGCGGGCCAAGAUAAGGAACAGCAACAGUCAGGAAAAGUGUGAGAGGGGCUCCAUGAGCAGCUGUGACCACGACCUGGUGUCUGAAUCUGUCAACAUGGCCACCGUGCCCCUCCUUAUGACCAGAGAGGAGGCUGGAGAGGGGUGGCAGGAGCAGGACAAGGAGAAGACCCAGGACAGAGUCCCCCAGUCAGCCCUUGAGGUGGAGCCAGCCUCACCCCCUAGGAUCCCCAGGACCCUGAUCCACAACAAACACAGACACUCUAAUGUUUCCCAGAUCAUCAUCAUCCCCUCGUCAGAGACGACGGGGGACUAUAAGGGGGAGGAGCAUGGAGCACAGACCCGUGAGAAGAACUUGCUACUGGGCCUGCAGAGUUUAAACUGCUCCACUGAACUGCUGGAGUCGGUAGAGAAAUUCCUCUCCUGAAACACCCCUGUUGAGUCUGUCUGAAGGUUUUGUGGUGUAUGCGUGAUGUGUGGAUGUGUUACUGUCACAUUACUGUACAAUACAGACAAGCAAGUGAGGAGAGCAAGUGAGGAUUGUUAUGGUCCAAGGAGGUUACACAUACACUGUAACUGAAAACUAUAAAUUAUAUGCACAUUUUGGGUAUUAUCAACAGUAAAAUAAUCUGAAACAUUUUUCUGCAGCAUACUGUAAAUUGUGGUGCAUUGUGGGAAAAUGUUGUGGGCAGGGAAAGAGUUGCUGUAUUUCAAAUGGUACUGUAAUUCCACCCCACAGAAUACAGUACCGUACAGUAUCUUUGGAGCGUUCCAUCUGUACAAAAAACCUUUUGACCACUAGUGGGUGCACAGCACUGCUGUUUCUGUCUCAUUAACAUAUUUUGAGGUGUGCCUUGUAAAAAUAUAUUUUUGUUGCACCCGUGAGUGAGAAUGCUGCACCAAUUUAACUAAUAUGUGGUUAUAGUGUCCCUACAACUUGUACAGGGGCCAGAUUAUAGCUGCAAUUUGUAACUUUUUGGGCAACCUGACCAAAUUCACAGAGAAAUGUAAUUUAUAGAUUUGUCAUUCUCAAUGAAAGCAUGUCUAAGAAGUGGUAGAUAUGUUAUAUGUGUGUUAUUUCUAUGCUUCCUGUUCAUAAGUUGUGUUUUUGAAUCUUUUACUUUCGGUUUUGUAUACCAGCUUCAAACAGCUGAAAAUACAAUAGUUUUGGUUAUGGAAAAUAUAUUUCACAGCAGUUUAGAUGGUACAGUGAUUCUAUAUACACUAUACUUGUUUGCCUAAUUUCAGUUUAUAUGACAAAACAAACUAUUAGAAUUUUUGCAACCAGGAAAUGGCGGUGCGAUUUCUGCAUAGUGCAUCUUUAAACCUUAAAUGGUUGAGCAUUUUGCCAUGUCCUUUUGAUCUGUUUUGCCCUGUAGUCGCUGCCAGUUUGGAAGCCUUUGUUAAAGCCUCCAGAAGUGCAAGUAAUGUAAAACACCAAAUAUUUAUCAUUAUAAACUGGGUGGUUCGAUCCCUGAAUGCUGAUUGGCUAACAGCCAUGGUAUAUCAGACCAUAUACCACGGUUAUGACAACGGUCUUUGACUUGGGUGACUGAAGUCUCUGACAAUUUUAUGGGCUUUCCUCUGACACCGCCUAUUAUAUAGGUCGUGGAUGGCAUGAAGCUUGGCCCCAGUGAUGUACUGCGCCAUUCGCACUACCCUCUGUAGCGACUUACGGUCAGAUGCCGAGCCGUUACCAUACCAGGUCGUGUUGCAACCGGUCAGGAUGCUCUCAAUGGUGCAGCUGUAUAACUUUUUGAGGAUCUGGGGACCCAUGCCAAAUCUUUUCAGUCUCCUGAGGGGGAAAAGGUUUUGUUGUGCCCUCUUCAUGACUGUCUUGGUGUGUUUGGACAAUGAUAGUUUGUUGGUGAUGUGGACACCAAGGAACUUGAAUCUCCACUACAGCCCCGUUGAUGUUAAUGGGGGCCUGUUCAGCCCGCCUUUUCCUGUAGUCCACGAUCCUUUGCCUUAGCCGAGGUAUAUUGGCAUUAUACCACACCUCUUCUUCCUCUUAUUGCUUAAAUAUACCGUAAUGUGUAAACACUUUACCUAGCAACCAACCUGCUUGCACCAAUCCCUUGUAAUUACAGUAAAACACUGUGAAAUACAAACCCCUCCCUUCGAUCAAUUUUAUUCAUCCAUUCAUUAAUUUGUUCCGAUUACGGUAGCACAUACUUUUUAAACAGUAUAAUACAGUUAAUUUACAGUAUUGUACUGUGUCAUUGGGCAGUACUUGCUUUGAUACCAUAUUUAUAUUAAAGUAAGUGUACUGUAAUAUGAAAUACAGAAUUAUACUGUAUGUAAGCUACUGUCCAAUUUAAAGGAACACCUUUACAAUGUCUGUUAAAUACAAUCAGCUGUAAUCACUACUGUUCUCGCAGUCGCAACUGUGUGUAGCCAGCAGUGGUGGGAAAAGUACACAAUUGUUAUACUUGAGUAAAAGUAAAGACACCUUAAUAGAAAAUGACUCAAGUUAAAGUCAAAAUCACCCAGUAAAAUACUACUUGAGUAAAAGUAAAAGUAUUUGGUUUUAAAUAUACUUAAGUAUCAAAAGUACAAGUAUAGAUCAUUUCAAAUUCCUUAUAUAAAGCAAAGCAGAUAGCACCAUUUUCUUGUUUAAUGUAUGUAUCGCCAGGGGCACAGUCAAACACUCUGACAUAAUUUACAAAGGGAGCAGAUCAGAGGCAGUAGAGAUGACCAAGGAUGUUCUCUUGAUAAGUGUGUGAAUUGCACCAUUUUAAGCAUUCAAGUCAGGGAAAAUGAAUGGAGUAGAAAGUACAUGAUUUUCUUUAGGAAUGUAGUGAAGUAGAAGUAGAAGUUGUCAAUAAUAUGAAUAGUAAAUUAAAGUCCAGAUACCACAGAAAACGACUUAAGUAGUACUUUAAAUGAUUUGUACUUAUGUACUUUACACCACUGGUAGCUAGCCAAUCAUCUGGUCUUUGUGUGUAGCCAAUCAGAUACUAACUUUUUCACAACUUUCAGAGGAUGUGCGAUUUAUCUUUUUUUGUUGUUGAAUUUUUACCCCUUUUUCUCCCCAAUUUCGUGGUAUCCAAUUGUUGUAGUAGCUACUAUCUUGUCUCAUCGCUACAACUCGCUACAACUCCCUCGGGAGAGACGAAGGUUGAAAGUCAUGCGUCCUCCGAUACACAACCCAAC